AUGUUCACGUCCACUAUUAACAACAUCGUCCCAGUUGAUCCUGUAGAAGGACCGGUGCCAUCCAUUCAGAAGAUGAAGUCUGGAUGGCAAUGCCCAAGACAACGAACGGCAGUGCAAUCGGUCCAGAUGAUAUCUCCAGCGAGCUCUGGAAAGAGCGGGACAGCGUGGCGUUUCUUGGCUCUAGACUUUCUCAAUCAGGUCAUCAAAGCUAAGAAAAUAUCUCGAGAUUGCCAGUACCAAUAUUGA